AUGAGGGACGACGACGACGCUCGUCGUCGUCGUCGUCAAGUCCGAGGUUCACUGGCUGGCAUUUCUCGAAUGUUCGCUGGUCUUCGUAAUGUGAUCAUAUGUUCGAUGUAUCUGCGCGACUGUUCAUUUCCGAUCCGAUUCAUAGUUCUUUGUCACACUUUCGCCGUUCUCUUUCACGGCUGGUCAGCUGAUAACAUUUCCUUUUCGUAUCACUUGCUUAGCGGUGUAAAAGAUGUCGGCAUUUGA